AAACAACGUCAGUGCCCAAUUGGUUUUGUUUGGCUGUCAAUCAUGUUUGUUUUAGCUUUUCCUGGUAUUUGGUGUUUGCCGGUGCUGGUUGUAGAUCUUUUGUUGGAGCAUCCAGGAGAAGGAAAAACUGAAAAGCUGUGAACAGAAGCUGCUAUGCUAUGUCAUGAGUGGGUCACACGAGUGGUUUAUAUAUAGACAGUCAUCAGGAUACACCAGCAAGGCUGCAGCCACUUUCCCCUGACAGUCUGUCUUGAUGAAGAGGACAUUGUUUUGGCUGCGAAGAGGUUUACGGAGCCCAACAUGAUUAACUCGACCAGCACUCCUCCUCCUCCUAGCAGCGGUAAUGACACGGUGAUGGCAUACGUCCUGGUGCCUUUCUUCCUCGUUACUCUCAUUGGAAUCACAGUCGCAGUGGUAAUGUACAUUCAGAAGAGGAGGCGGAUCGACAGGUUGCGUCACCAUCUCCUACCAGUGUACAGUUAUGACCCUGCAGAGGAUUUGAAUGAAGCAGAGCAGGAACUUCUUUGGGAUGCAGAAGACACAAAAAUAAGAGGAGGCUGGGGAAAGACCUACCAGCACCGGCGACCGCUGUUACCAAAGGAUGUGAAAGCAUAGAAUUUGGAGAAUCACUAAUCUUAAAGCAAAAUCAAAAGUGCACAACACAUCUUACAACCCAUUAAGAUUUCCUUAGGAGGAAAACAUGGAAAUACUUCACUGCAAGGACUCUACUUGAAAAUCAGAAAAGCGUGUUAUAUUUUUUUUCUUACAACAGUAUUUUUUUAUUUUUGUACUCUGUGUAUAAUACCAUACAGUUGUGGUGGUUGUGUAUCCAGGUGUUUGGCAGAGGCACUGAUAAAGUGAUAGUGAGCUUUCACUUUUAGCCAUGGUGAUUAAAGGUCAUCAGCUAUCUAAACUGUACUAUGUGCAGUAAUCUUUAUUUGUUAUGGGGUUACCUUCCCGGCUGAAUAGUACUUGCUCUUUAUUUUAUUUUAUUGUCUGUAUUCAUCUGUUGGUUACAAACUUUUAGUUCUAGAUUGUCACAACUGCACUUUGUAAGUUAUUUUGCUGCUUGUGGUUGCUGCAUUGGUUUUGAUUUAGUGUCAUAAAAAAGCUAUAAAGAUACAUUCAUGAAAGCUUAAA